UAGUACACUGCCUGGAAGAGGCAGGCAGAGGAGAAACUGGCCAGCUGUUCACCAGCUCUUCACACUUGUGCACUAGCAUCAUUGGGCACUGUCACUGUUGAAAUCCUCUUGGAUCCAACCUGGCCUGAUGGCAACAAUAUCUGGGUCUUAACCAAAUUCUACAUGGAGGAUGAAAACCUGAAGAUUCUGUUCUGAUCUGCUUUGGAAAUGAUCAGGCACUUGUGGGUCUGACUUCAAAGAGAAGUAAGAACUGCUUUUAUUCCUCCAAUACUCUCUCUCCUUCUCUCCCCCUCCACCCCUCCUGUUUUCUUUCUUUCGUUCCCCUUUGAUAAUCCCUCCCUUCUCAGUAGUGCAAAGAAUUUUUUCCCCUCCAGAAAGCACAGUGUCUCUGAGAAAGGGGACAGAAGGAAGAAGAAAGGGAAGGGCUGCUUUCGGGAUUUGGUUCAAGUCAAGAUGAGAAUAUAGUCCAUGAAGGUUUUCAGUAAAGCUUUUCAAAUGACAUUAGAAGCCAAAUAUUUGCUGCUAAAAGAGGAGGACUGCAUAUCUACUACCUCUUGAGAUUGCACAGGAAAUUGUGAGAUUGUCUUCUGAUGAUGCUAUACAUUAUACUGAUUUCUUCUACUCUCAUUCCUUUUUUUCAACUUCCAACCAUACUCCCACCCAUCCCACUUUUUUCUUUUUUCUUGGACUAGAGGAUUUAUUUUGAUUGUGCCAUUUGCUUUGGAGAAAAAAACAAGAGGUUAAUCUCUCUCUUCUCCACUAGAAGUGACUUACAAAGAAAUGUAUUACCUUUCCAUUUUUGACUGGAUUUUUUUUCUAAAAUCCUCUUUCUUGCAUUGCUAAACAAAACAAGGUCUCCUCUAUUGUGGAAGUUAGUCUUGGAAAGAGAAAGCCGUUUUACUAGUGAGCUGGAGUGGCAUACAGAUGGAACGGUGUAUUUUUGGAUUCUAUUGCUUAGUUCUUAUGGACCCAGGACAAGUUUGGACCGGAACGCUUAAUCCUCAGAAACGUGAGUCAGAACUGCAGGUGGAGGUCAAAACCAAUACCACUUCGGGUCCCAUCUUGGAGGACACAAUUGUAGCCCCCACAGAGUCCAUCUCUGGGGGAGAGCGGUGCCUUGGUUAUUAUGAUGUGAUGGGCCAGUGGGAUCCUCCAUUUAACUGCAAUUCAGGGAUCUAUAAUUUUUGCUGUGGAACUUGUGGUUACCGCUUCUGCUGUCAAUUCACAAGUGGAAAACUUGAUCAAAGUGGUUGUUCAAAUUAUGAGACACCAGAAUGGGUCAACACAGGCCAACCACCACCUCGAGUGGAUGAGACUCCUCAGAAUCCUACCAAGGACAAGACCAACAUGAUUGUAUACAUUAUUUGUGGUGUGGUGGCCAUCAUGGUGCUGGUGGGUAUCUUCACCAAACUGGGACUGGAGAAAUCCCAGAGCCCUCAAGCUGAGAUUACCAUGUCCAGAACACUCACAGAUCUUCUAAAGCAACCUGGACAUAGCUCAUCUGAUCACUUGCCUGAUGGCCAUAUCAGCAGUGUGCAGGUCCAGAUUGGUGAUAGCCUUUCUCGGGGAUCUCCCUCAAGUAACAAAGAUCAGAAACACCUGAACAAUGCUGUGAUCAACUCCUCUACAGUCUCACAGAUUGGGCUGUCACACUCACAUAACAAUCAGCUGCAAAUGACAAGUGUUUUGCCUAACCAGGCUUCAGAUUAUGCCAAAUAUGCCACUCUCAAGGCUGUAGAAAGUGCCCCAGAAGAAUUCUACAAGAGGUUUCCCAUGGUGGAGAUGCCAUCAUCAGGCACCUUGUCAUUUUCUCCCUUAACACUUCAUCGAAAUGAUCUCCCACCUUUUCCAGAAGGCACUGCUCUCAUUGGCUUGGGGACACCAGGACAGAAAACUAAAGUGAUGAAAACCAAUGCAGGCAGCCCUGUCUUCAAAGGGGGCUGGGAUCACAGCCAUCCUGAAUUUCGACGACAAGCUUAUGCCACCAGGCGUCAGUUCAGUAUUGAGAAGCUGCCUGAGGUCUUCAGCCAAACCCCCACUCAUUAUGUGCAGCAACAACGGCUUUUUUCCACUAAUAGCAAGACUGAGGUCACUGUCUAGAAUGGAUUUAUUGUUCAUUCCCAUGUUCUUCUCUUUGAAGCAAUUGGUGAAGUGGGGCCUGACAGCUUGGAAUGAAGUUGCUUCACUCAAAUGUCACUCCUAAAUUCUGGAAGGAAACAUAGAAGAUAUAGAGAAAAGUAGAAUGCUUGCCAGAGCUGAUGAUCGUCUAUAAUUGUAACAGAACUCAUCUGUUCAAUUAGGCCAAUUUGACAAAACCUGGUUAGCGUGCUUGGUGAAAUCAGUAUGCCUGUACUACCCUAUUGCUUGAUGCACUGCUGUUGUUUCCUAAUUCACUUUUUCAUCAUAUAAUGCCAGAAUCAUCAAUACCAAGAGAAAUCUUCAGGACUCUGUUACUGCAUGGAACUCCAUCAAAAGAGGGAAUAUAUUUUUGCCCUUCACAUUCCUAUAAUGUUCUAACAAAAGACAAAAAUCACUCAUGCAAUAAUUAAUUGAUACCUUGUGUUUGGACAUUCACUCUAUAUUAUAUUACUUCUCAAAUUUCUAUGUGGUUACAUUUCUGGGAGAAACAAAGACAGGAUACAAAUCUAAUAAUAAAUGAAUAAAAAUAAAUAAAUAAAAAGUCUGAAAUGGAAGCAUUAAGGACUGUUAGAAAAUAUAUACCAUUUCUUUCAUUUUUAGCUUCACUUUUUCUCUCUAUAGUGUUUGCUUUAAUCGUAUUUUAAUAAGUCAUUAUGGGGUUUUGUAUAUACAUAUUCUAUACAAUGAACAUGGUUUGCAUUCCCUUAAUGCUUUAGAGGGUUGAAAAGAUCUGGGCAGAACAUAACGUAUAAUUCCCACAAAAUUAUGAGAUUCAUGUAAAGUAUUUAAUAGCAUCAUAAUGGCAUCUUGUUAAAUCACAAAAUACAUGUGUGUGAUCAUUUAAACAAACAUAUUUGUGAACAUAUAUUUGUAACAUCGUAAGUCAUUCCCCAUUGCCCAUAUAUAAACAUUUAUUUAUUAGCUGUAUAGUAACAAAUUCAAAAUAUUGAUAUUUCAGCCACCAUACUUCACUUUAUAUCACUCUGGCUCUUUUCACUGAGUCUUUUUUCAUGAUCUCUGGUCCACCAGAUCAGAUACAAUAUGAUCCACCAGGUGAUGUGUAAUUGGAAUUGUAGUCAUAUUCUGAUGCAUCUUCUAGCAUGGAAGAAAAUCUUUUCGAGUUCCCGCUAUUAAAAUACAAAUGCUGAUUUCCCCUGAGAUGCAGCCAAAGCGUACUUGUGGUAGAUACCAACUAAGUGCAGUUGUGGCAUGGUGAUUUAAAUUCAGCCACUACUCAUUCACUUCUGCUUCUGAGUAGUAUUCCAAGCUCUGACUGCAAACAGACACGUCACUAGGAAUUUUACUUCACGAUUAAAUCAUUGUGGAUGUCCAAUUUCUUUCCAAACAACAAAAACAUCACCUCAUAUUUUCACAAUAUAGCUGCUAUUUUAGAAUGAUUGAUACCUGGAAUUGAAGUUUUAUAUUUUAGACUAUACUGCUGGAUAUGUGUGUGUCAUCUGUGUGACACAAUAAUGUCUUUUGAUCAUUAUUAUUAUUACCCAUUUUAUAGUUUUGUAUGUUAAUAAUUCCAAGGCAUGUGUACAAUUGUACCAAAAUCCUGUUCAGCAAUUAAUAUAAAGCCAGAAUUGGCAAUUCCUUCAAAUAACUAUCAACAAACUGAGAUAAAAAUUUCUAACAAAUUAAACUUCCAUGCAGACCAGUGGUGGGAUUCAGCCAGUUCGCACCUAUUCGGGAGAACCGGUUGUUAACUUUCUAAGCAGUUCAGAGAACCGGUUGUUAAAAAAAAUCUUAUUUUGGUUUUCUUCCACUUUACUAAUCCUGUAAGGAAGGCAGGAAGGAAACAUUCUGGUGUUGUUUCUAGCCUAAUCUUUAUUGCCCUGCUUACAGAAACUGCCUCUCUGGUUAACCCUUAUUACAUCGUAACAGCUAAGGCGAAGCGCCUAUCGACAUGAGUGAUGUUGAGUUGGCCAUGCCCACACGGUCACAUGACCACCGAGCCAUGCGUAUCCAGCUGGUCAUUACGGCAGAGAACUGGUUGUUAAAUUAUUUGAAUCCCACCACUGAUGCAGACCAAGUGAUAUGGAGAUCACAUCAUCAACAUUAGCUCAAUCAGCAAUUGGAGGGAGGGUGGAAGCAAAGGUGGCCAAAUGUCAGUUAAUCACAAUUUCUAAUCUAGUCUGCUUUUCUUAAGAGCAGGGAAAGGCCCUGUUCUGUCAUACCAGCACUGAAACACAAUUCACCUGCUAGUCUAAACCGGUUCCAUUCAUGAAAAAUGAAUUGUGGGGCAGAAGUUGAGCAGAGAGAUAUACUGAUCCCUGCCCACCCACACCCACCUGAUUCAAUAUGGUAGAACUAACAUUAAAUGUAACAUCCACUGACAAAAAUUCCAGAAAGGGGAUAAAUAUAUUUGGGGAUGAAUGGCAAGGGCCUGGCAGCUUACAACAGUAAUAAAACAUAACAGAAAUAAACCACAGUAAAUUCUACCACAAUCUAUGACAACAUAAUGAAAUAGAAAAUAAAUACUAAAUGUAAAUUAUGGUGGAAAGCAAUCAAUUCCCAAAGGCCCUACAGAAUAGUUCAUUAACUGCCUUCCAGAAGGCCCCAACCAUGGGUAUCACUCUAAGUUUUAGGUGGAGACUGUUCCAUAGAACAGGUUCAAUGGGAGAAAAUCUUUAUUUCCUGGCUUCAACUAAUAGCUUUUUUUGGGGAGGAUCACUCUGACAGAUUGGCUCAUGGACUAGGUAGUCCUAUACACAAAUCAUUAUUUCAAAAAUAAUUAUAUGUACUACUGUUGUCAGUCAACAACUUUGAGAAGUCAUCUGCUUAAUUCUGGCUUUUGAUGGAUAGUUAAAAGACAUUCUGAUUUAUCUCAUAGGUUUUUGUGCAGAACCUCUUAAUAGACUGAAAGGAGGGAGAGAAUAAAAGUCUUUGUAGGUUCAAAAGAUCUCCAACUUCAUGAAGUAAUUGUUUGCAGCCAGUUUAACAACCAUUACAAUUUGUUUCCUGGGAAAACAUUAGUUUAUGGUUGAACCAAGCAUUAGAUGUGGGUUUUACAUUAGAUAUAGAAAAUAAUUUAUAAUAUAUAUUAUUUAAUUUAUAAGGAAGUCUUAUUUUAUGCCCAUCGAAAGUAAUUUUUUUUUUUAAUUGAUUUAUAUGCCGCCCUUCUCCGAAGACUCAGGGCGGCUUACAAUGUGCUCAGCAAUGGUCCUCUCAAAUGUGGCGUGGCCAACAUGAAUGCCUCUUCUUCAAUUAAAAGCCUACAGACAUUGUCCACUGUGCGUUGAGCAAUUGGGACUUGGUUAAUUUUUGUAACAGCAUCUUUCCAUUCAUAAUUCAAAGAGUUAAUAAUGAUGCUGAUCAUUUGAAUAUCUUCAAUGUUAUGGCCUCUUUCUCUCAAUUCUGUUCUCAGUCCUUUCAGUUUGGUCAAAUGUCCUCCAAUAUUAAAUUGACACCCCAAACUUUCUUCCUUUCUUGGCCUAGUGUCCUCUCUGGAUAGCCCAGCAAUAAGCUUAGAAAUAAAGAAGAUGAAGGAUUAGCUAAACACAUGUGGAUUUUUUUUAAAAAGUAAAUUUGAAAAAUUUAGGAACAUUUCAUUGUGGUUUCAGACCAAAAUGCAAAUUAAAGCACGGUUGUAAAAAAAGCACAGGUUAAUAGAAAUAUGUAAUCGAAGUGAGUAUUCUGAUACUUUUUUAAAGUAAAAAUUACAUGACUGAUUCUGAUCAAUUCUUGUAAAUAUUUACAAGAAUGUCACAAUUUUGCAAUUAAGUAGCUUUAAAAUACAAAAGCCAUCUGGUGGCUUGGAAUUUUUUUCACAAAACCUCAGUUAGCCUUCUCCAGGAGUCUGAAUAAAAUGUACAAGGUAAGGAACCUAUAAUUUUUUUAAAUCACUUACCUGAUUGUAUUCAAGUUCUUAAAAAAUCCAUUAAUACUUAAGGCGGGUUAAGGAUAAAUGGAUAGUUUUGAAAUUUGGAUUAGGGUAUUUUGUAUCCCUAUAUGCUCUAUCUUCUAUACCUACAAAGAUCAGAAUCAUGUAAGCCAUGGCAUUCCUUGUGACGUUCUAUGGAAGUGAAAGUUGGACUUUAAGAAGCAGGCUAGGAAGAGUAUUUUUAUGCUUUUGAGCUUUGGUGUUGAAGACUUCUCUGUCAAUGGUAACUGUUUGUUUGCCUAAAAAGUGAGGAAUGUGAUUAAAGGACCACGAUAUGAAUGUUUCUUGACCUCUGAAUGUAAUGUAUAACUCCAUGCCCCACAGGUAUGCAGCAAACCAGGUGGGACAAAAUUAGAAGAAUGACAAGUGUUUUAUCAGCUACAAUCAGCUGUUGCCAGAGCACUUCUUUUCUUCUUUUUCCAAAGGGUUUUGUAAUCCCUUUUUCCUUAAUUAUGAACAUCAUUGUUGGUAAUUGUAGAUUUUAUUUUGUGGCAAAUAAAAGUGUCAUAAAUUGCUUUUUUUAGCAACUGCAUAGUCCUGGACAAACCAUUUCUUAAAGUACACUAAAGCAGCUUGGUGUUCAAAUGCCUGAAGUUUCAGAAUAAAUAUUUUCAUAUAAAUUAAAUAACUUUCUAAAUUGUAGUUAUAGAGCUGUGAGUUAUUAUAACAGAAUAACAGAAUUGGAAGGAACCUUGGAGGUUUUCUAGUCCAAACCCCUGCUCAGGCAGGAAGCCCUAUAUCAUUUCAGACAAAUGGUUGUCCAAUCUCUUCUUAAAAACCUCCUUAAACCUCCUUAAAAACCCACAAUUUUUGGAGGCAAGUCAUUCCACUGAUUAAUUCUUUUAACUGUCAGGGCAUUUCUCCUUAGUUCUAGGUUGAUUUUCUCCUUGAUUAGUUUCCAUCGUUUGUUUGAGUAGCUUUUUAUACAGAGAAGUACCCUCAAACAGAUAUAACUAAUAAAGCAACUGAAGUCC